UUGGAGUCCAACGAAAUUUGCUUUUGGACUGCGGUGAAAAAUUACCGACCCUUCUGAUGCAUACGGGUUUCACCGAUAUUCUGUCGAGCCGUAUUAGCGUGAGGCUUGGCGCAGCAGGAGGUGAUGCGGGGAAGCUUGCCGCACAUUGUCGGAUCGGCGCAUUCCGAGGGAUGAAAGAUAGCGUGCUCCACGAUGGGGGUUACGGCAUCAUCAACUCUCCAGCCGAAUUCGAUGCCCUGCUCGAUGACGUGGCCAAAGAAUGGGAGCAGAAUGAAUGUUUUGCCUGCUAUUACACAUUCACCGCUCGGCGUGAAGAGAUUACUGCAAGGGACCUUCGUCAAUUCAUCGUGCCGCCGAGUCACCUCUCCAUACCGGAAGUCUUUCAGUUCCACGCGAGUGCCAAUAAAGCACAUGAAUUUUUCCGCUAUCAUCAAGAUCGACUCAGAUCUAUUACUUAUGAAGCGCUUGAUCGAGCUAUUGACAGAGCAGUCGACUUACUUCGGCAACGAGUUGCCAGCCGCAACAUCACUGUUGCUGUUCUCGCCGUCUCCGACUCGAUCAGCUACGUCACGACGAUGCUUGGAUUCCUACGCGCAGGCAUCACGCCGUUAUUCCUGUCUCCCCGUAAUUCAGCAAUAGCUGUAGAUCGCCUCCUACAACAAGCAGAGACAAAAUACCUCAUGGUAAGCUCUGACGAUGCCAUGCAGAGCUUGGCGCGGGCUGCAAUUGAAAAGUCCGGCUCGGUGCGCCUGUUGCCGAUGUUCACAUUCGAGGAGCUUUACACGUCCAACCCAUCAACACAGAAUAAGGAUGUUGCGGAUGUGACCUACGAACUUGAUUCGACGGCUCUUUUGCUUCACUCGUCUGGAUCGACUGACUUCCCAAAAUUGAUCAAAUUGACGCACCGCAAUCUUCUCGAGUGGGGUCGUGGGGCUCAAGGCGAGAUGGAUCUGGACGGCGAAGUUCUUGGUGGUCAAGCAUUGGCAUAUUUUCACGCAAUGGGAGUCAUCGCUCCUCUGUGGUGUGCGACCGUCGGCAUGACCCUGGCGGUCUUUGCUCCGAAAAAUCCGCCCGUACGCCCGACCCCAGAAAAUCUCUUCAAUGAUCUCCGCGCUUCCGAAUCAACUCUGGUUUUCUGCGUUCCGAGCCACCUUGAAGCAUGGGCAAAUAACCCAGAGACCUGGCAGCACCUUGCUAAAAGCUUGAAAGCGGUCGUCUUCUGCGGUGCCCCCUUGGCUCAACAGGCUGGGCUCACGCUGACUUCCAAAGGGGUGAACAUUCAGCCGUACUUUGCUUCGACUGAAACCGGAGGAAUGUCCUUAUUCCUUCCCGAAUCGAAGUUGUCGCCUCAUCAAGACAGCUGGAACAUGUUCCAGCUGGCUCCUCACUGCAAUGUGCGCAUCUCGGAUGCUCGAUUGGCCGACGGAACGGAUGAAGGCGUGGCUCUCGUGCAGGCCUUUUUCCUCCAGGGACCCACCCACACCCCUUCAGCCUUCAACGCAACUCUCGAAGGAAAGCCAGCAUACACCACCGGGGACCUACUUUGUCGCUCGAAAAUCAACGGCAAAGAGUACUUCAGCGUCUAUGGCCGCGAGGACGAUCAGAUCAACAUGUCGACGGGCGAGAAAACCAAUCCACUUCCCAUCGAGAAGACACUUGCCGAAUGCGAGUACGUCGAACAUAUCGUCCUAUUCGGGCAUGGUAAGCCUCAAAUUGGAGCCCUCGUCCAAGCGACACCCAAAUUCUAUACCGAUACACGCCAAAAGCUGGGCACCCUUCCUCAAGAUGAACUUUUGGCUCAUCUUCGACGUGCGAUCGCUCCAUAUCUGCGAAUUGCUAACGAGCAAGCACCCGCGCACAGCAAGAUUUUCCCAGAGAUGAUCAUGCUUUGUGAUCGCGACACUCCCUUUUCUCUUACAGGAAAGCAAACCGUGCGCCGACGACACGUCUUAACUGAAAAUAGCAGACUGAUCGAGGCUGCGUAUCUGGAGGUGGAGAAGUCGGCCCUUCUGGACAUUCCGGGACCGAAGGCGGAGCAAUGGACGAUUGCUGUCACAACCCAAUUCGUCGAACAAGUGAUUUCACGUCAUAUCGGGUCGAUCCGUCCUGCUGCAGACAUUUUUGAGCAAGGAGCUGAUAGCUUACAUGCCACCUCUAUCCGAAAUGCGCUCCUCCGUGCGCUUCGAGACGUCGGCGCGCGCACGAGCAAUGUACCCUCGGAUGUGGUUUUCCAAAUUCCCACUGUUGAUGGUCUAAGUGCUUUCCUUUUCGGUGCUGGGCUACACCGAAGAACUGGAAGCACCGAAAAUGAUGGAGAUCCAGAGGAAAUGACCCCUUGGCCAGCCCUCGGCAAAGCGGGUGAGACUAUGGUGAGACUUCGCCAGGGAGAGAAUCCCCUCAUCCUCAUCCAUGGUGCAGGUGGUACGAUACACGCCUUUCCACCUCUUCGAGAGAAAUUCAGGAGCGGCCUGGUUGCAAUACAAGUAACUCCCGACACGCCAAUGGAAUCCCUUGGUGCCCUCAUAGACUUUUACUAUGGAAAAAUCCGAGACUUUCAACCUCAGGGACCGUACAGACUGGCCGCAUUCUCUGCGACCAGUAUCCUUGCCGUUGCCCUUGCCAAGAAAUUCGAGGCAGGGGGCGAUCGCGUGGCGCAGGUCGCGCUUAUCGACCACGUCCCUACAUUCUACUUAUGCCCCGUCUACGGCCUGGAGAAUAUGGUGUUGGAGAGCUCUCUUGAUCGGAAGGCCUUCCACGAAGUCUGCUGUGAAGGAAUAUGUGAUCUGCUUCGUCGUGAUGGUGGAGGAAAAAUUGCCAGACGCCAUCAGCUAGCCAAAGAAUUAAAAGAUGCCUUCGAAGGUCGGCCCGCUCCUGAGUUCUCGACGACGUACUGGCGCACUGUCGAACGGUUUUUAGACCUCAUGGUCGAUUUCAUGCUCUGCGGACACAUGGACAGUGCUGAGUACGAACUCGAAAAUCGACCGCUGGAGGCAUUCAUGCGUUGGCAAAGCAGCCUGGCCGCUCCGGUUUCUGUCUACAUUGCAAGUGAGGGGAUGAAGCGCACUAUCCCUAAACAUAUGCAAGAAGAAUGGAAAGACCUGGGUGCGAUGCUCUGUUGGCCGAACGCCAAGUUUCACCACAUCGAAGGGGGCCACUUCGACAUUCUUUCUCACAUGGAUUUGAUUGAAAAGCUCCAGUCAGAUUGGAUCUGAUUGAAUGUAAAUGGCCAACCAUGUAG